UUUACUUUACGGCUAUGCUCUUUGUAUACGGUCGCAUUCUCAGUCACUGGCUCGUGAAUACAGUAACUUCAGAUAAAAUAUUCUAUAGGCUUGUGAGCAGGCUCAUCAAGUAUCAGAUGGUUAUUUGUUAUUUCUUAUACAUGGCAGGUGUCAUGUGGUUCAUUCUUACACUAAAGAAGAAGAUGUACAAGUAUCAAUUUGGGCAGUUUGCAUGGACACACAUGAUACUCAUUGUUGUUUUCACUCAGUCUGCAUUUACCGUGGCCAACAUUUUUGAAGGCAUCUUCUGGUUCCUUCUCCCAGCAUCACUAAUUGCUGUCAAUGUUGUUGCAGCAUAUUUCUUCGGUUUCUUCUUCGGGAAAACUCCUUUGAUCAAGAUAUCUCCUAAGAAAACAUGGGAGGGUUUCAUUGGUGCAUCAGUUGCAACUACCAUCUCAGCAUUUUUGCUUGCAAAUAUCUAUGGUAGUUUUCAGUGGCUGACAUGUCCAAGGAAGGAUUUAUCAACUGGUUGGCUUAGCUGCGAUCCUGGUCCACUUUUUAAGCCAGAGUAUUAUCCCUUAUUGCCAUGGUUGCCGUGGACCGAGAUAGCAAUUUUGCCAGUUCAAUGGCAUGCUUUAUUGCUGGGCUUAUUUGCAUCAAUUAUUGCACCAUUCGGGGGCUUUUUCGCAAGUGGUUUCAAGAGAGCUUUUAAAAUUAAGGAUUUUGGUGAUAGUAUACCCGGACAUGGUGGACUUACCGACCGAAUGGACUGCCAGAUGGUAAUGGCUGUUUUUGCAUACAUCUAUCAUCAAUCAUUUGUUGUUCCCCAAGAUUAUCCGGUUGAGACGAUUUUAAGCGAGAUACUAAGCAGCCUUACUUUGGAAGAGCAGCAAAUACUAUAUACGAAACUAGGACAGAUACUGCAGGAGAGAGUGUUAGGACGAGAUUGAAAUUUAUUCGAAUACACUUUGAAGGUGAAUCCAAUCGAUAUUCUUGCAGACGAAGGAGAAUAGUGCAACACUUUCUCCAUCUCUGAUGAGGACUAGACUUGGUUACAGUCUACCGAGGUCUCUUGCAUGAUCCUUCCAUCUUCGACACAGUAAAGUCUCACAGUUGGUGAACAUAGUCUUAUGGCACAAAAGAGUAGGAUGAUAUAUUCAUGUUUAUGAUCAGAAAGACAAAAUUGU